CUCUAUAAAUAAAUAUAUGCAACCAUCGCUAGACGAGGCUUGGUUGGCUCGCGCGGCAACUCCGAGCCGAGUCGGUCGGUAACUUCAAUAUCUCCCACCACUGCCGCCAUGAAGGUCAAGACGAUCUCGCGCGUGGAGCAGACGUUCACGCAGGAGCUAGCGACGGAUCGAACUAAGAUUCACCGCAACUUUGACCCCAAGUUGCAUCCGUUUGAACGUCCACGUGAAUAUACGCGAGCGCUGAACGCGGUCAAGCUUGACAAGCUCUUCGCCAAGCCUUUUGUGGGCGCAUUGGACGGUCAUUGCGACAGUGUGAGUUGCUUUGCCACGUCGAACAAGAGCUUGGUCCAGUUUGUCAGUGGUGCGUGCGACGGCGAGAUCCGGUUGUGGGACUUGCCUCGGCGCAAGUGUGUCUGGUCGGUGUACGGCCACGGUGGUUUCGUCCGUGGGCUGACCGUUGCGCCUGAUGGAAACACGUUCUUCUCGUGCAGUGAAGACAAGUCAAUCAAGCAGUGGCGCAUGGCGAUUGCGAACGAGGACGACUCACCGGAACCGGUUCAGACGUUCCAUGGCAAGGAGUCGUUCAUGGGCAUCGACCACCACUGGUCCAACACGACCUUUGCCACGUGCAGUUCUGUCGUGCAAGUAUGGGACCACAACCGAUCUGACCCGAUUCACCACUACUCGUGGGGCGCCGACUCGAUCACCAGCGUCAAAUUCAACCCUGCUGAAGCGAGCUUGCUGGCGUCGACGGGGUCGGACCGCGCCGUUUCUCUCUACGACACUCGUCUGGCACAGAGCAUGCGCAAAAUUGUGAUGGAAAUGCGCAACAACGCACUUGCUUGGAACCCCAUGGAGCCAUAUCACUUUACCGUUGCCAACGAAGACCACAACUUGUACACGUUCGACAUGCGCAACCUUGACCGUGCCGUCAUGAUCCACAAAGACCACGUGUCGGCCGUGAUGGACGUCGCGUACUCGCCGACGGGCAAGGAGUUUGUAAGUGGGUCGUACGAUCGCAGCAUUCGCAUUUUCAACGUCCGCAGCGCCAAGAGCCGCGAAGUGUACCACACCAAACGAAUGCAACGGUGGGUCCACAAAAUUGCCGGGUGGAUGCACCGUGGAGAUCUGAUGGGAGGGCUUUUCCUGAAUUGUAGGAUCUUCGCUGUUAAGUUUAGCGCUGAUGCCAAGUUUGUGUUGUCGGGCAGUGACGACACAAACAUUCGUAUAUGGAAAGCGCAGGCGUCGCGCACGCUCGGGAAGCUCAACCCACGAGAACGCAAGAAGCUCGAGUACAACGACGCGUUGAAGAAGCGAUACCAGCAUCUGACUGAAGUCAAGCGCAUUGCCAAGCACCGUCACGUGCCCAAGGCUAUCAAGAAGGCCGCAGCCGCCAAGCAGGAGGGCAAGGAGCGCGAGACGAAGAAGCUGGCAAACGUCCGGAAACAUUCCAAGCCCGGCAAGGUGCCUCUCGUCGACAUCCGCAAGAAGAGCGUCAUUCGCCAAGUCGAAUAAGUAUUUUAUGUCGCCACGCUUGUGGUCAUAUCGCAAACAUCUCAAAAUACGUUCCCGUGCGCUUCGAUGGGCUGAUCCUGCCAACGUCGCCCACAGCAGGCGAAUACAUACUCCUGUCCA